AUGCAAUCGUUAGGCUCGAUAUCCGGUUUUAUUCUGGGUUCUGACCCCAAUAUCUAUCUAUCUAUCUAUCUAUCUAUCUAUCUAUCUAUCUAUCUAUUUCAUCUGUUCUUAUCUAUCUAUCUAUCUAUCUAUCUAUCUAUCUAUCUAUCUAUCUACCUAUCUAUCUAUCUCAGUCUGUUCAUAUCUAUGUAUCUAUCUAUGUCUGUUUCUAUCUAUCUAUCUAUCUAUCUAUCUAUCUAUCUAUCUAUCUAUCUCAUUUCUAAUCCGUGUCAAUCAAUUCGUAUCUAUCUCACUCUAUCUAUCUAUCUCAUUUCUAAUCCGUGUCUAUCAAUUCGUAUCUAUAUAUCUCACUCUGUUCAUAUCUAUCUAUAUAUCUAUCUAUGUCUGUUGAGAUCUAUCUAUCCAAUUCUAUCUAUGUUUCUGUUAAUAUCUAUCUAUCUAUCUAUCUAUCUAUCUAUCUAUCUAUCUAUGUCACUUCCUAUCUGUCUAGCCAAUGUCCUUUCUUUGGACUCGUUUUUCGUUUUUCCUCGAGUGUAA